GGGCCUUCCGACCGCGCCAUCGAAACGAACCCAACAUUGCCACGAUCUCCGACCAAGCCCAUCUCCCACCCAACCCACGACCGCGCUGUCCCAAUGGCAACGGACCCCACGCCGCCCGCCGCGGCGGCGCCGCGCUACUCGCUGCCGCCGGUCCGCCUUCCCCCGGAGGACAUCCUCUUCUGCGUCGACGUCGACGUCGAGGCGCGCGCUGAGAUGAAGUCCGCCGCCGCCGCGGCGUCCUCCGGCUCUACCUCUACCGCGUCGUCAGGGCCGCAGCCGACGGGGGCGGCCGGGGGCGCCUGGGCGGCGGGGCCCCGGCCCGGGGUGAGGCGGAUGGACGCGGUCAGGCAGGCGCUGCUGCUCUUCGUCCACGGCAAGCUCACCAUGUGCCCCGACCACCGCUUCGCAUUCGCCUCCCUCGGCGAGACCGUCUCCAUGGUUAAGAAGGACUUCAGCAGUGAUGCUGGUUCUGCAAGUGAGGCAAUCCGAACCCUGUCCGCUUCAGAAUCAAGAUAUUCGAUGGCUGAUCUCACUCAGCUCUUCAAGAUAGCUCACCAGGAAGGGAAAAGAGCAGAAUUCCAAGGCCGUCUACUCAGGGUGGUACUCAUAUACUGCCGUUCCUCUACCAAGCCACAGCAUCAGUGGCCCGUAAAAGAAAAGAAUUUCACCCUGGACAUAAUCUAUCUCCACGACAAGCCUAAUGCUGAUAACUGUCCACAGAAGGUUUAUGAUGCCUUGGUUGAUGCUCUCGAGCAUGUCAGCCAGUAUGAGGGGUACAUUCUUGAGACUGGUCAAGGGCUUGCUCGUGUCCUGUUUCGUCAGAUGUGCAUUCUUCUAUCCCAUCCUUUGCAACGUUGCAUCCAAGAUGACCUUGAUAUCCCCAAACAAGUUGCUAAGAAAACUCUGGCAAUUGAAGCUGUUCAGAAUGAAGAUGGCACACCAGUCUCCAGUCAGUAGUUAGGUCUUUUAGUUCAAUGGUAUGCAAACAUGAAGUUACUUGCAAGUUUCCAUCUGAUUUCUUUUUCAUUGCCAUUCUACUAGUUCAGUAGGCCUGCUCUGUGUGAUAGAGAUGCCAUCUCAAAAUUAUGUGUUCUAUGUUGUAUAUGGCCAAUGAGAUAUCAUUUUGUUGCUGUGCCUUGCUUGGCUGGGCAUUAAAUAUGUAGCACAUCGUACAAAGAAUUAUAUGUCUUUGGCACUUAAAUUUCCUUGGUUUGCAAA